CUCCUGGCCAUGAUCUUGCUCCUGAAGAUCUGGAGGUCCAAGUGCUGCUCCGGCAUCUCUGGGAAGAGCCAGAUCCUUUUCGCUCUCGUCUUCACCACCAGGUACCUGGACCUGUUCACCAGCUUCAUCUCCGUCUACAACACGGUCAUGAAGGUGGUUUUUCUCCUCUGUGCCUAUGUCACAGUGUACAUGAUCUAUGGGAAAUUUCGGAAAACAUUUGACAGUGAGAAUGACACAUUCCGCUUGGAGUUUCUUCUGGUCCCCGUCAUUGGCCUCUCCUUCCUUGAGAACUACAGUUUUACUCCCCUGGAGAUCCUCUGGACUUUCUCUAUCUACCUGGAAUCGGUGGCCAUCCUGCCCCAGCUCUUCAUGAUCAGUAAAACGGGAGAGGCUGAGACCAUUACUACUCACUACCUGUUCUUUCUGGGGCUCUACCGGGCCCUCUACCUGGCUAACUGGAUCAGGCGGUACCAGACGGAGAACUUCUAUGACCAGAUUGCAGUGGUGUCUGGGGUGGUACAAACCAUCUUCUACUGUGACUUCUUCUACUUGUACGUGACCAAAGUCCUUAAAGGAAAGAAGUUAAGUCUUCCAAUGCCAAUUUGAGGGCCCCAGAGAUGGUUCUAACACCUUAACAAGGACACUGAACAAACUAUUUGAAAUGUUCUCCUGGACUUCUACAGAGCUCGGGCCAAAUGUUAAAAUGAGAAAAAUGCUUAGUGUGAAUUUCAGCAAAGCACUGAUCAUUCUACCUAGAAGACGUUCUCACCAAUCUGUCCCUUAAAUUAUAGCAAUAGAAAACCUAGGCCAAUUAUACAAGCAUGGUGCCUCACAUCAACUGGGUAUCAAGGAAUCUUAGGUGCUUAACCCAUAUAUGGGUCAAACUAUUGCUCCCCAAAGUCCUAGUGUGAGCCUCAUGCUAAGGAACAAGUCAAUCCCAUCCGGAAAGAUGUCUGUGUAUAAGCCAAAUGCCCCUAAAGAGCAGACUUCGAGUACCAGAUGCGUGCGAUUUGAUGGUCUAUUCACUUUCCAGACCAAGUUGAGGGAGUGAUUGAUACAGAGGUGAUCUAGUCUUACAGGUGUACGUGUUACUUCACUUCUAACCUGCCUUUAAGCCACAAGCGAAAGCCAAGUUUAUCAGCUUUGGCUAGACUUAAGUAGUUUCCCGCCUCACCUUUAAAACAGACUUGGGUCUUGCUAUGGUUCACAGCAGCUGCACACAGUACUUUAACCCCAGUAACCUAGGCAGGUAUGAUGACCAUGACAACCAUUUACCAACGAGGAAACAAAUGCCUAAGCCUUCACCUACUAGGUGCCUGGCCUUGUUGCUUUGUGACUCAGAUUUUUCCAUUAAGACCGAUCAGUCCCACUUCCCUGUCACAUUUUUAGGUGCUAAGGUGAUUACUCAAUCCAACACCCCCCCCAAGCUUGGUCUUGAAGCAAAUAAAAACUAUUAAGAAAACUACUACUGGACUAGAAGAGUCAGAGUUUUCAAGCAAUAAAAAGUUCACACCUUAUUGUCAACAGUGUUUUAUUUAUACCUACAAAAGAAAACAAGAUGGUAUCAAAAGGACAAUUUACAAACUAAGAAUAGUAACAUAGCUCUUAGCAUCCUGUGCCUGAACAUCACACAUCUACAAUCUUUCAAGUCUUAACGCAACAGGAAUGUGUUCAGAGACCAGCAAGAACAUGAAUACAGCACUGAUCCCAAGCGAAAGCCACCAACCUUUUAGAUGAGAGAAGUCCACACAAUGAAUUGUUAGGGAGGAAUUGGGGAGAAGCAGCCCCGUAGCUUAGUAUUGAAAUCCUUUCCCUAAAUGAGUUUCAACCAUGACUGCAACAACUACCAUCCCAUGAGGACUCUUCUGCUCAUGUUCUGAAGCAAAGGCAGAACCUGAAUUAUGAGUGACAGAGAAGCGGAAAUUAUUCUAAAGCUAUAGAGGAAAAACUGCUAGAUUUCAAUUGUGCUCAGGCCACAAUAGCUUUCAAGACUUGGAAUAUGCUGUUGUUCUGAUUUAUGACAUCUCUGGCGGAAGAAGGGAAGCAAGCAGCAGACUAAAUACCACCUGCUUGCCCAGAGACCUUUCCCACAAAGGGAUGCUUUAAGACCCGCAAGAUAAAAGUAGGACACCCCUUGUGGUGGCACCUCUGUUUAAAAAACAAUCAAGAAUUUUGGUGUAGAAAGAAAUAUCUAUAAUGGACUGGUCAGUGCUUACACCAAAAAGUUAUUAUUUUUUUUUUGGCAGGGGGUGAGAGGGCACUUUGGUUUUUAAAGCACGGAGCAGUUUUGCCAAGUUUCCUGUGCCUACCAUCCUCCCUCAGCCUCAACUUCUAGAAGGGGAAAAAAGAACUGAAGUUUAGGAAGAAGAAAGUGUGUGUGGGGGGGGAGGGGGAGACGACACGUCAGAGUUCUCACAUGCGUCCGUGUCAGCUGAUGCCGACAACCUACCUGUAUGCCGCACAGUCAAGCACACUCUCAGAACCCUCAGAAACCAUCCCUUCUCUCUCCCUGAAGAAUU